AUGCCCAGGAUCAUGGACACAAAGGAGCUGAUGCGUAAUGCGCCGUUUGAGCUCAGUCACGCAGACAAGGAGGUCCUCGCCACCACUGAGGAAGACUUUAUCCCGCAUACUUGGGAAGACUUUCAAAAUAUUAUUGGCGAGGGAGACUCUCUAGAAUAUGAGAUCCAGGCCACUUUCGGCUCUGUAACAAACUUCCUCGUGAGGAAGCGGCUGCACUGGGAAGAGGCUGCCAACAAUGACCAGAUCCGUUUCCCUUAUCGCCAUUCAGUUCCCUUCUCUAAUCACUCUGAUUAUCGCAUUCGACGCAACGACUGGCCGUACGCCAUAGCGCCGGGCAUGGUUCAUCUCGUCGUAUGGUUAAAGACGCCUAUACCUGUAGAUGCGCAAGGUGAUCCUACUACAGAGUCCCGGCGGCUAAUUGCGGAUUUUAUUGAGAGAACAUGUACAAUGCACACGAGCCAAUGA